UGGGUCCCAAAACCUGGUGCGACCACCUUCCGUCGUCUUCCUCUCUCUUUUCCAUCACAAUGUAUGGCGGCUCAUCCAAGCUCGGCCGAGCUGGCGGCGGCGCGGGCCGGGGAGCCGGCGGAAAGCGGCCACACUCCUCUUUUCCUCUUGCACCUACAAACCGCCCCUCCGGCCGUCUUUCUCUCGGCGGCGGCGGCGGCGGUUCCGUCGCCAAUUCUCAGAAUCGAACCGCUACCGCAACCACAUCCGAAUCCGUGGAAGAAAAUUUCAGUCUUGUUACUGGUAACAACCCGUUGGCUUUUGCCAUGAUAAUUCGGUUAGCUCCGGACUUGAUCGAUGAGAUCAAGCGGGUCGAGGCGCAGGGCGGGACUCCGAGGAUGAAGUUCGAUGCGAAUGCCAAGAAUUCUAGUGGUAAUGUCAUUGAUGUUGGUGGGAAAGAGUUUAGAUUCACAUGGUCACGUGAAGUUGGUGGUCCUUGUGGCAUAUAUGAAGAACGUAAAAGCGGUGAGGAUGGGGGUGGUUUGCUUGUUGAAUCAGGCCAUGUUUGGAGAAAAUUGAAUGUGCAGCGUAUAUUGGAUGAAUCGGCUACACUUCAUGUUAAGAAGAUGUCUGAAGAAGCUGAUCGUAAGUCCAAGUCUCGUAGAGCUAUGUUCUUAGAACCUGAGAAUCCAACUAUGAAGAGUAAUAUAAAGGCAUUGGUUGCUGCUGAAGUUAAUCCACGGAGGAUGCAUUUUGGAAAGAAUAAGAAAGAGCCUCCAUUUAAAAAGCAGAAAAGCGAACUAUCUCAAGUUGGGCCUCCAAAAUCUGCCUAUAAACCUGGGAUGUCAUCUGUACCUGCUUCUAAGGAUAGGAUAUCAUCUUCACCUGUUCGAUCUCCACCUGACCAAUCUGGUGCUCCAGUUUCUCAAUUUGGAUCUGUAAAUACCACCAAGACUCGUGUUAUUGCAGAAGAUAUUAGACCUCGACAACCAGCUAAGAAUAAUGCUGCUGCUAGCGGUGAGAAAGAAAUCCCGACCAAAGUCACCAAAGGAGUACUCGAAACACCAUUACAGGAAGGGAAUGCUGGAGCUAAACCAACAGACUUGCAAGGAAUGCUGUAUACUUUACUCAUGGCAAACCCCAAGGGGAUGAGUUUGAAGGCCUUGGAGAAAGCUGUUGGCGAUAAAAUUCCAAAUGCCGUAAAAAAGAUCGAGCCAAUUAUUAAGAAAAUUGCAACCUACCAAGCUCCAGGAAGAUAUUAUUUGAAAUCGGCAGUCGAGUCAGAAGGCUCUAAGAAACCUUCAUCUGAAGGUGAAAGCUCUCCUUUCGUCAGCCAUCAACAAACCCCCAUACAUGAAGACCUCCGUGAUCAAAUACCUGCUCCCGAAUCACAGUUAGAAGCAAUAUGUGUCAAUGAAUUGGAGGAAAAGAUAGAAAACUCGCAAGCUAACAAAGAAUCAAAUUUAUUGGAGAAAAAUGGCAUCCAACAGCUUUCCCCCAAUCUUUUUGGUGACAAGAAAAGCUCUGAAAAUAGUGAAGGCCAGGCAGCUAGUUCUUCCGACAAUGAAAGUGACAGUGACUCUGAAAGUGAUAGCAGUGAUAGUGGAAGUGAUAGUGGGAAUCAUAGUAGGAGUAGAAGUCGUAGCCCCACGGGUAGUGGAAGUGGGAGUAGCAGUGAUAGUGAAAGUGACGCACCUUCAAAUAGGGAGGGUUCUGAUGAGGAUGUGGAUAUCAUGACCAGUGAUGAUGACAAAGAAUCCAAGCAUAAACUCCAAGCUUCUGUAACGGGUGUCUCUGCAUCUCCUGCUGCUUGGAGAAGUCCAGAUGGUGGGGCUGUACAGAAUAUAGACAAUGAGAAGGAAGAUGGUCAUGAAUCUGAUGCAAUUGACAUCGAGCAAAAUUCUUCUGAUGAUGAACCAGAAGCUAAAAUUGAUGAUCACAGUUCACUUCCUAUUAGAGAAGGUGAAAGACGUGUGGAAGAAUCAAGAUCCUUUUCACCAUACCCCGAUCAACUUCAAGAGCGCGAAAAUUUUAUUGGGAGUUUGUUUGAGGACAGGGGAAACACUUUUGUGGACAGUGUCAGGCAUGAGCAAUCUGACAGCACAGAUAGGAUAUCUAAAGGCAAGUCUAAAAGGGGCUCUGAUUUUGAGUGCUUUGAAGAGAGGCCUGAUCACACAAAGAGGUUAAAAUCAGAAAGUUCAGCUCAACAACCAGUUUCUGGUAGUUGGGGAGUCCAAUUACAGAGUUCUCACAAUUUAUCUCCUAGUAAACUCAAUAGAGAUUCUGCUAGGAAUCCUACCGGUCAAGUUACUAAUAAAGGUGAGUUGAAAGGGAAUUCUGAUUUUGGACCAAAAAUGGGAUACAAAGAAAUAGUUCUAGAAAAAAAUAGUUCAGAUGUUCCACAAGCAGGUCGGAGGCCCCAUGAUCAAAGCGGAUGGGGAAGGGCUGUAGAUACAGCAAUCAGACCUGACCAGCAUGCUGAUAGCAUUGGACGUGGCACUAAACACUCUGAAAAGGGUGGUCAUGCUAAUGAAAGUCUUCCCGUUUUUAAAGAUAAAUUUUAUGGAAAUACUGAAAAUGAAGGGACAAAUGAGAAAAAGGUUUCAAGAAAUUCUAGAUCAGUUGCUUCAGGGGACAAACAGAUGCAACCCUUUGACUCCCAUCACAACAAACAUGGUGAAAUAGUUGGAAAAUUCAAAGAUGGCAAAGCAUUUUCAAGUUCGCAGAUGGUGUAUUCAGAUAAUAUUAGAAUUGGUGCUGACAAGUCCCCUUUUAGUGGAAAAGGCCGUGUUCUCCAAAGAGAGCUUUCAGACCUGGAAUUAGGUGAACUUCGUGAGCCCUUUCCUGAGGAGGCACUGGGUAAAAAGAAAUUCGAAAGAAAUAAUUCAUUGAAACAGUUGGAGAACAAAGAAAACACUUCAGAUGGCUGGAGUUCAGAUUUAAAUAAAGGAAAAUCUACCUUGAAGGCUAGUUUGGAAUCUGAAAAGCGGUCCUCACCCCAUGUAAGUAACAAGUUUCCCAGCAAUCUUGAAGGCUCAAAUAAAAAAAAGAACUCAGAACAUAAAGUUGAAGAUUUGACCAGGCUUAACCACCGGUCUCUGCAGUCCCAUCCACAACAUAUUUCAAGAGUAGAUAAUGUUGAAGUUGACAAGUCAGCAGUUGAGGCAAAUGCAAAAUCUUAUCAAGGGAUUGGUCUAGAAGGCUGUGGAGAAAGCAACAAGAAAGCAUCUGCUGGCAUUUCUCAACUGCAUGGUAUGAAAAGAGAACAAAUUCCCUCAAAAAAGGGAAGCAAAAGACAUGCACCUAAUCCAAUAACUGAAGUUACUGAUGCGCUAAAGAAUCCAAUUUCAGCUGAGCGUGAAAAUAGUGAUCCAAAGAGGAGAGAUUCUUCUUCAGAUGAAAACAGUUGUUCAUAUUCCAAGUAUGAAAAGGACGAGCCAGAGUUGAAGGGAGCAAUCAAGGAUGCCACUCAGUAUCAGGAAUAUGUGCAGGAGUAUCGUGAUAAAUAUGAUAGUUACCUGUCCUUGAACAAGAUCCUUGAAAGCUACAGGGAUGAGUUCUUUAAACUCGGAAAGGAACUCGAAUCAGCAAGAGGACGAGAUUCGGAGAAAUACUUCAAUCUCUUGGGACAGCUGAAAGAGUCCUAUCAGCAGUGUUCAACGAGUAAUCUGCAGAGGCACAAGAGGUUGAAGAAAAUAUUCGUUGUUCUCCACGAAGAGCUGAAGCACCUAAAACAAAGGAUGAAAGAAUUUGCACAAACUUACACAAAAGAUUGAGACGACUCCUGGAUGUGCGCUUAUAUGAGCGAUCGAGGUCGUUAAAAGGUAGAGGUAGAUGCAAGAACUGCAUCAAUGAAUUGCUGUGCAUAAAAAAUUAGUCAAUUUUUUUACUUGCUAUCUUCUCCCCAACCCCUAAUUUAGGAACAUGUACAUUUUUUUGCUCUCCCUCUCUUGGAAUGCAUUUUCUUUCUGUUUAGCUACAAUAUAGAGGUUGGACUUUUGUUUUAGUUUAGCCUGACCUCUUCCUGUAUAGACUUGCGAGGCAUCUGAGUUUGGAUAUGUUAUAUUUUGUAGGUUGUAAAUUUUGAACAUGUAAAAAUGUUCCAAAUAACUGUGAAUAUGCUAAUAUUGUUUGGCAA